AUGGACUCUCAUUCAAGCCAAAGUCAACGAGUGGCUUGCAUUCGACAAGCUACGCGCGCCGAGAUCGAGUCGCUUCGGGAUGCGGGGAACACGGAAGAGCUCAAGCGACGACUCAUGAAGCGAAUCGAAUUCGGUACAGCUGGUAAGUCCAUUGCGGCAAGCAGAGUGCAGUCUAAUAGAGAGUCUGAAGGUCUCCGAGGACUCAUGGCUGCUGUUUCUCUUGCAUCUCAGGGACUCUGUGCCUAUGUCCUCCAAAAUGUUCCAAACGCGACUGAGCGCGGUGUCGUCGUCGGUCACGACCAUCGUUACAACUCUGAGAAAUGGGCCCAACUGACGGCUGCGGCGUUUGUCUCCAAGGGAUUCAAGGUUUAUUUGUACAAGGGCAUUGUGCACACCCCUCUAGUACCAUAUACAGUCAGCAAACUGAACGCUGCAGCGGGAGUUAUGAUCACUGCGUCACAUAACCCUAAAGACGAUAACGGCUAUAAAGUCUAUUGGGAAAACGCCGUCCAGAUCAUAUCCCCACAUGAUGCCGGUAUCGCUGCCGCUAUUGAAGCUAAUCUCCGCCCAUUGCGUGGGAUUUACAUUCUUAGCCAAUGUGGACAAUCUAUCGUACCAGGGAAACAAAUGCUUCAGUCCUCUCAAGUUUACCAAUACAUCCAUGCAUGGAGUUUCUCGGGCAUCAUCGACCGAGCAAAUAAAGUAUUCGAUUUUAAACCUUUGGAGCAUGUAAAAGAACAACAAGAUCCCAAUCCGGACUUUCCAACUGUUGCUUUCCCUAAUCCUGAAGAAAAGGUGCAUUGGUACGACUUGGCAAUCAAGACUGCGAACGCAUCUGGUUCGUCGUACGUGUUUGCACAAGAUCCUGAUUCCGAUCGAUUCGCUGCCGCUCAGAAAAAACGGAACGUGGUUCGUCUUUUCAGGGGACCAGCUUGGAAGCUGUUUGCGGGUGGAUAUUGGGGAUACAAAGCUUCUGGAAGACCUAUUGAAAAACUGGCCAUGGUUGCCUCUACGGUCAGCUCCAAAUUAAUCGGUGCAAUGGCAGCCAAGGAGGGAUUCAAGUUUGUCGAAUCUCUCACCGGAUUUAAAUACAUUGGGAAUGCAGCUCGUGCUCGAGGCCGAGGGAUACAAUGUACUUUGGAUAUGAAGAAGCAAUCGGGUUCAUGCUUGGUGAAGAAGUUCGUGAUAAGGACGGCGUUUCAGCAACGUCGGAGAAAACUAGCGACCGAUUACUUGGAGGAGAUUUAUGCACAGUAUGGAUAUUUCCAGGCCAUCGACCAAAUAUUCGCUCGCCUUCGAUCAUACAAUGACCCAGCUUCGUUAUCUAAAGACAAAAUGUCUCAAUAUCCGAAAUCAAUCGGUGGUCUCACUGUUACGGAUAUCCGUGACUUGACUACAGGGCAUGGGUUCGAUAGCAGUGCGCCAGCUCCGGACUACGCACCCUCAUUGCCUGUCUCAGGAGGACAUAUGAUCACAUUCAAGGCAAAGGGAGAUGGAAUAGCGAUUGUUUUGACGGUUCGUACGAGUGGAACAGAGCCCAAGAUCAAAUACUAUCUAGAAGGCAGUGGUUCUACCCGCGAACAAGUUACGAAAGCGUUGGCUCGAGUGGUUGAUGAACUUCGAGACGAGUGGAUGCAAGCCAAGUUGCAUAACUUAGGAAUUCCAGGCGCGUAG